AAUCAUUAGCAGAAUGACAGCAUCGGUGAAAAACAUUGUACCGGGAUGGUUACAGAAGUAUUUCAAUAAAAGUGAAGAUGAAUGUGUAGAUGCAAAUGAAUCUACAGACCAGGAAGAGAAUCCAGUAAACUAUCACCAUGAUUAUGCAAAUGAAGAUACCAUCGUGAUUGAUGGGAGAGUCAUGCCUGAAACAGCAAGAAUUAAUCUAGACGAACCAUCCACAAGUAGAUCUGCAUUGAACUACUCGGAUGUGUUAACAAGGCCCUCUCUUCAUCGGAGCCAUUUGAACUGUACCAUGUUGGAUUCUACAGUACCACAUUGUCAGCCCUCUACAUCUUCUUCACUUGGCAUUGGCAGUCCUGGACUGUCUCUUGUAAGAGAAAUAAAAGAUUCUACCUCUCAGCAUGAUGAUGAUAACAUCUCAACAACCAGUGGCUUCUCCUCUAGAGCAUCUGAUAAAGAUAUCACAGUUUCAAAAAAUACUUCAGCACCAUUGCUCUGGUCCACAGAAGCUGAAAGAUCUCAUUCCCUCUCACAGCAUCCUGCAGCUAGCUCUAAAAAACCUGCAUUCAAUUUAUCUGCUUUUGGAUCUCCCUCUCCUUCACUCGGAAACACUUCUGUCUUUAAGACAAGCCAGCUUGGGGAUUCUCCAUUUUACCCUGGGAAGACCACUUAUGGUGGUGCAGCUGCAGCAGCGAGGGAGACAAAAGCACGAAUUGCUCCUUAUCAGCCACCAGUAAGACGACAAAUGAAAGCUAAACAAGCAAAUGUGCAAUCCUGUGGUGUGACAAGUUCCACAGCACGGCGCAUCUUGCAGUCAUUGGAGAAGAUGUCAAGUCCUUUGGCGGAUGCUAAAAGGAUUCCGUCUUCUAGUCCACUUUCUUCUCCUUUGGACAGGAGUGGGCUGAAUAUUACUACCUUCCAAUCCAAGCGAAACCAGAUGGAAUCUCAGCUUCCACCUGUCCAGAAACUCGUGACACCAAAGGCAAUCUCUCUGUCAGGGAGUCGGACCCAGUAUUUUAAACCAUCUCUGACUCCAGCUACUGAUUCCAGCAAAAUUCACCAGAGGGUAGAAACAAAGCACAAAGGCAUGAGAGAGAAGAGUUUUCCUGCAGAACAGCGAGUAAACCCAUCUGAAAGCAAUUUGACCUACCCCAAAUUCAGUACUCCUGCAUCCAACGGUCUGUCUUCAGGAGGAGUGGGUGGUGGUGGCAAGAUGAUAGGAGUACACUAUAUAUCAAAACCUGGACAAGAGCAACAGGAAGUGGAAGAACCAGUACUACCGAAAGUACCCUUACCCAUCAGUGCUGCAUCGCUGCCUUCAUUCAACUUUAACUUUCUUGCCAGUAGUACUGUCUCAUCGUCACCAAGCACUGUCUCAACAGGAGCGAUGAUGAAGGUACCACCAUCAAGUAAUGUUGGCAGUCCUGUGUUCAGAUUUUCAUCUCCAAUUGUGAAAUCUACUGAGGCAGAAGUGCUACCUCCAUUGUCUAUUGGGUUUACAUUUAGUGAUCCUGUUGCAAAAUCAGCAGAGGGUUCUGGAUCCAGUGAUACACCAGUUACAUCCUUCCUUACUCUAGAUACCGCCACUGUAAACAGCACCAGCAAUAAGAAGGAAAAAGAAGAAUACGAUGGCCCCUCCAAACCUGCAAAGGUCUUAAAGGAAGGAAGUGUGUUAGACAUUCUGAAAAGCCCUGGCUUUACCUCUGUGAAAACACACUCCCCUCCAUCUGCGCAGCCUGUUACAAGCACAGUGGUCUAUACAAGGCCUGCAAUAAGUAGUUUUUCUGCAGGUAGAGACACCUCUAAACAAGCAUCCUCAUUUUGGCAGUCUGACACGUAUGACCCAUGUCUGCAAAAUAAAACCACGGAUAGCAAAUGUGUAACAUGUGAAGCUGCUAAAGUGUCAACAAUUGAGAGUACGAAACAGACAAUAAGCUCAAGUCAAUGUGUUGCCUCUAAGGCAGCAGUUCCUACAGCGGGGACAUUGGGCUUUGAAGACAAAUUUAAAACAGCACCCAACACAUGGGAUUGUGAUACCUGUCUGGUCCAGAACAAACCUGAAGCUACAAAAUGUAUAGCAUGUGAGACACCAAAGCCUGGAACAGGAGUAAUGCCUGCCCUGACAUUGCCAGCAGUCACAGACAAUGCGGCGACAGUGACAUCCUCCUCCAGCAGCACUGACACAACAGUCACUCUGGGGUUUGGAGACAAAUUUAAGAAGCCAAAAGGUUCUUGGGACUGUGCAGUGUGCCUUGUAUCAAAUAAGGCAGAAGACAGCAAAUGUGUAGCUUGUCAGUCGGAGAAACCAGGUGCGUUCUCUUUUCUAUUGUUCCAAUUUCAGCUUCUGUGCAUUCUUAACAGAAUAAAAUAUGUUGCAUAUUGA